AAUGGGCGGAAUUAUAAGCUAGUUGUAUUCUAAUAGUACACAAAUUCUUAAAAUCCACCAAAUAAUUUGGUAACGUGUAUAAUGUAACCGAAGAAGAAGAUCAAAUGGGGCCUGUCGUUUAUCGUGGCGUGGGGAUGUCGUCUUCUUCAUUGAAAGAUUCUUCAGCAUUUAGGUUGCUUUUCCCUGUGGAGUUUCUUUAGUUCGUACUUCGUAAUCCUAAGAAUCACUCCUCCUGUAUCUAAAUGAAAACCCGAAACCCACCCCGGGAAGCAAGAACAAACAAAACCCGAAUAUCACAGCGAACAAAUUCCCCCCAUUGCUUCCGCGAUUCCUUCAUCUCUAUCUAUAUAUAAAAAAUCCGACCCGCCAGCCAGCCCACUAACCCGCUUCAAAACUGCUGCACCUGCGCUUCAUUUCAUACCCCUUUCCUCCGAUUGUACAGAAUUGUACUUGUAGCUUUCUCUCUCCCCUUCCUUCUUCUGUAGGCUUGUUUUCUUGUAGUUACGUGCGAGCUCCCAUAAUCCCCACUGCAAUUCCCUGAUAAUACCCCUUGUCCAUGGCUACCACCACCGCCACAAUGAGCGGCGAUCGGUCGGAGAUAGCUUUCUUCGACGUCGAGACCACCGUUCCCACCCGAACCGGCCAGGGAUUCGCUCUCUUAGAAUUUGGAGCCAUCUUGGUCUGCCCCAAAACCCUCGUCGAGCUCCACAACUACUCCACCCUCAUCUGCCCAUCAAACCCUUCUCUUAUCUCUACCUUGUCUGUCCGCUGCAACGGCAUCACCCGCGAGGCCGUCACCACGGCCCCUUCCUUCUCCGACAUCGCCGAUACAGUCUUCGACAUUCUCCAUGGGAGGAUUUGGGCGGGGCAUAACAUUCUGAGGUUUGACUGCCCCCGAAUUAGAGAAGCUUUUGCUGAUAUUGGGAGGUCGCCACCAGAGCCCAAGGGAACUAUUGAUUCCCUCGCCUUACUGACUCAGAAGUUUGGUAGGAGAGCUGGUGACAUGAAGAUGGCUUCUCUGGCUACAUACUUUAAACUUGGAAAGCAAACGCAUAGGAGCUUGGAUGAUGUUAGGAUGAACCUUGAAGUUCUGAAAUAUUGUGCUACUGUCUUAUUCCUGGAGUCAAGUCUCCCAGAGACAUUUCCAGAAAACAGUUGGGUUUCACCCAAUGCUAUUACUAGAAGUCGCAGAGCAAGCAAAUCAAUGAUUGACACAACAGACUCGAACGGGAACACUCCUUCGAGUUCAGAGUUGGAGAGAAUCCCAGAGUUGACUCCUGGAAAUAAUGGAAUGGAGGGAAAUCAUCCAAUAUUGUCUUUUGUGACGAGCAGCAGUGUUGUUCACAGAAAUACAGACCCUUUCGACAUGAGCCUACUCAGAGAUGAGGUGAAUACUGAGUCAUUGGAAAGGGAUGUCUCGAUGGAAGAAAAUCCUGUCUCAGAAUCUUCCGAAAUGCUUUCAGCAGCAGCAACUGUUUCCGAGAUCUUACAGCUUGAAGAAGUUGAUGUUCCUUCUAUCAAGGCAUCUUAUGUUCCACAUCCCCGUGGAGGCGGAAAGAUGAAAUUAUUACACAAGAAUGGUGAUUUUGAGCUCCAUUGCCCUUGUUUAAAGGUCCGGUUCGGACUCAGCACAAAGUUUGUGGAUCAUGCUGGAAGGCCACGACUGAGUUUCAUGGUUGAUGCAUCUCCAAGUUUAUGUAGAGUUCUGGAUGCUUGUGACAAACUAGCUAUGAAUCUAUUCCAAGGUUCAGGUAGUGAAUCUAAUUGGAGACAUGUUGUGGUGCGGCAUGACAAAUACACCAACUACCCUAAAGUGAGGAUCAACAUACCCACUUUGGUAGACGGGAAUGUGGCUCAAUAUGCGACAGAGAUGUAUCAGAAAGAGGGAUCAGGAACCAUGCAAAAGCUCGUAUUUAGCAAGUUUGAUCCGGAGGAGCUUGAGCCAUGGCUCAACCCAGGGACCUUUCUGGAUGCUUACCUCUUCCUGGAUACCUACGAUUAUCAAAACCGUGCCGGGAUCCGAAUAGUGGCGAAGAAAUUGGUGAUCCAUAACGAGUGACAGCAGAAGCACGUUAGCUUUUCUCGUUAGAUGGUUGGCUGCUCUGCAGGCUCUGUAACAAGUAGGCUUUGACAAAUUGUACGCCGAAGGACAUUUAUUUGCAAUUGUUAUACUUGCUCAUUUGUUAAUUUACUUACUUUUAAAGUUAGGGAUCAGCUGACAAUAAUAUUGCUUCACUUAUUAUUAAAGACAUCACCUUUCUUUGUAGACCGUUGUCUUGGAUAGGGGUGGGCAAACGGUUCGGGUUUUACCGAACUGAAUCGAACCGAAACCUAAUUAAACCGAACCGAAAUUGAAAUAAUGCUAUUCUAUUUGAAAUUCGGAAGGAAAAUAUGGAUAGUUCGGAAAUUAGGGUUCUUUCAACUGAAUUGAAUUUUUGAAUUUUCGACUGAAAAAUCGAAAUACUAUAAUUUCAAGCUCCAAAUGGUGGAUUUUUAUGUUUGUAGUUGUUUUUAGACUUAAAUAUUUGUAAAACAGACUUAUGUGUUGAAAAGUUUGAUUUUAUCAUUGAUGAUGCGUAUAAUUGCAUAUUUAUUGUUUAUAUUAGGGGUGAAAAAUAAUUUAAAAGUGAGAAGAUACAAGUAGCUUCAUAAAAUCGGUUUUAUGUGAAAAAUCGAACCGAAUUAUAAUUCGAUUCGAAUUUGGUUUGAGGUUUGGGUGAAUUCGAGGACCCGAUAUUCAUAAUUUCGGUUCGGUCGAAACCGAACCAACCGAAUGCCCACCCAACAGUUGGAUAUGUUACCUCGAGACUAGGGAUACCCAAGAUUGGAAUUUUAGGUUAUCCAUAACUAAUUGACGACAAAAGAAAUGUGCAUCUGCUCUUCUCAAGGUUCACCACCAUAACAUGUUACAUUUCUAUUAUUUCAAUCGAACCAUGACAUAUCUCUUUGCUACUACACGUCAUACAACAACAAUGACUAAAAAAGUUGAGGUAUGUCUAUAGUGACUUGCAAGUUAGUUAGUUACUGUGAUUUGGACAACAAAAACAAAUGAUCGAAAAGAGUAAGCGGUCUAUGGUUAUAUUAAUAUGCAUAUUCUAAUGAAAAAUAACGGUCGACCUCAUAUUGGAACAGAUCGACUGCUUAGUGGAAAGUAAGGCAACAAUAAGCCGAGUUGUUGCCUAUUUCGGUCGACCUCUGUAAAGGUUUGGUCAACCGCUUUGAAUCCAGAAUGUCAUACAACAACGAAUUACAAUAGAAUUUCACAAAUUGA